CAGCUUGCCACCCGAGGAGAUGUGGAAGGGGAGGACCCAUUCCAGAGACAGAGGCCGCGGCUCCCUCUGACCUGGGCUAAUGACGGCUGGCCCGUGUUUGGCCAUGAUGACAGGUCUUUUCGAAGAUGGCAUUUUUACCCUCUGGACAAAUAGCAGUUGGCCCGAGUGGGGCUUUUUUAUGAGUUGAGGUACUCAGGGCUGGAAAAUAAACAGGCAGCUAAUGAGACGUUCUUAUGGAAACUGGCAUAAAUAAUAACAAAGGAAACAUCCUGUCCCCUGUGCCAACACCCUCCGGUGAGGGGCUAUAAAAGCUGCUGGCCGCUGGCCACCGUCAGACGUGGGGAACUCCGGCCGCGCUCCUGACCUGCCACCUGACCAGCCGGGACCAUGGGGUGCUGCCCGGGGGACUGCUUCACCUGCUGCCCUCAAGAACAAGACUGCUGUGAAGUGUGCUGCUGCCAGCCCGCCUGCUGCGGCUGCUGCGGGUCCUGCUGUGGCUGCUGCGGGUCCUGCUGCGGCUGCGGGGGCUCGGGCUGCGGGAGCUCGGGCUGCGGAGGUUGCGGGAGCGGCUGCUGCGGGAGCGACUGCUGCGGCAGCGGCUGCGGCUCGGGCUGCGGGGGCUGCGGGGGCUGCGGGUCCAGCUGCUGCGGGUCCAGCUGCUGCGGCUCGUCCGGGUGCUGCGGCCCCGUCUGCUGCCAGCCCACGCCCGUUUGCGAGACGAAGUGAAGCCCCCUGUCUUCUCCGCGGAGGUGGCCCAAGCAAAGCCUGCACCUGCUGCAGGUGGGGACCCCUCGUCUCCGGGACCUUCCCCGCAUCCAAGACA